CCCGGAUCUCUCGCUCAAAAAGUAGCCACCGGGGUGGUGCGACCCAUCAGAGUCCCCUCGUGCUAUAAAUACAACUCCGGUUCUCUUCCACGCCGCUUCGGGACUAGGGCAUUUUCCGCUGUCGCCCCGCUUUUCCUUUGCUGUCUCCGCCCUACCCUCUCCCCGGAUCUCUCCCCCUCUUCCGAUCGAGAAUCUACAGGUGACAAAAUGGCAACUGUUACCAUCCCUACUUCUUGCUUGGUCAAAAGCAGCAUCAGAAGCCAGAGCCCUGUUAUGCUGAUGAAGAGCCCAUCCUCGCUGAGCUCCGUAAAGUGCAUCUCAAAGGCGUCCAGUCUGAAGAUAUCUAACCGCUUCAGGGCAGCUGCAAUGGCUGUCUACAAGGUGAAGCUCGUCGGGCCAGAGGGGCAGGAGCAUGAAUUUGAAGCUCCAGAUGACACUUACAUUCUGGAUGCAGCUGAGACGGCCGGAGUGGAGCUGCCUUAUUCAUGCCGGGCUGGGGCAUGCUCGACUUGUGCUGGCCGCAUGGAGUCUGGUAAAGUCGACCAGUCAGAUGGAUCCUUCCUUGACGAUGCACAGAUGGAAAAUGGCUAUGUCCUGACAUGCAUCUCCUAUCCGAGGGCAGACUGUGUCAUUCACACUCACAAGGAAAGUGAGCUCUAUUGAUCACCAGAAUGUGCUUGGGCUUAUGUUUGAAAUGUAUCAGGACCCACAUGUUUCUGGGUUUGGAUUUUGUUGCCUAGAAGGUUCUGUUGUUGCAGAAAAUGGUUAUUGAACUUCCUCAUCUGUCAGCUGUUUAAGAUUUAUAUUCAAUGUCAAAUUUUUGCUCAGACUUACAUGAA